AUGGCUUUGACCAGCCCAGGGUUUAGGCAGGAUGGCGAGACUGGCAGAGCCUUCAAAUCCCCAGUUCUCUUCAGAGAAGUAAUGGCCAUUAGAAAAACCAUCUUACGGGUCAGAAACCUAACAGGCGCUGACUCUAUUGGUUCGAAAGGUCUGGCAAAUGGGGAAAAUUGCCAUAUUCUGGAAAACCCAGAAUAUCCUCUCCUAUCUAAAGAUGGAGAUGUGAUAAUUGGAGCUAUCUUUUCAGUGCAUGAUGGUACACAGAUGGAGUCACUGGCAUACACAGAAAAACCGCAACCCUUAAUCUGCAUUAGAUUUAACCUCAGUGAAUUACGUCUCGCUCAGACAAUGAUUUUUGCAAUUGAUGAAAUCAACAGAAGCCACAGUUUGCUCCCAAAUAUAUCAAUUGGUUACAGAAUUUAUGACAAUUGUCUCUCAAGAUUGUUAUCUAUGAAGGCAGCCAUGGCUUUGAUGAAUGGUGUGGAAUUGAAAGCAAAUGCUAAUUGCUCUGGACAAGCAAUAGUACAAGCCAUCAUAGGGGAGUCAGAGUCUUCUCCUACUAUAGCACUCACAAGAACUACAGGGCCUUUCAACAUCCCAGUGGUAAGUCAUGCUGCCACAUGUGAAUGUCUGAGCAACAGAAAAGACUAUCCCUCAUUCUUUAGGACUAUAGCAAGUGACUAUUACCAGAGUAGAGCAUUGGUGCAUUUGGUUAAGCACUUUGGCUGGUCUUGGGUCGGAGCUGUGAACAGUGAUAAUGACUAUGGCAACAAUGGAAUGGCCAUUUUUUUAAAUGCAGCGAAAGAGGAGGGAAUAUGUGUUGAGUACUCUGAGAAGUUUGACCGGGCAGAUACUGCAAAAAUCAUGAAAGUGGUAGAUAUUAUCAAGACAGGCACAGCCAAAGUAAUUGUCAUAUUUCUCGCCCACUUUGACAUGAAAAUUCUAAUGAGCCAGCUCAUUCUAAAGAAUGUUACUGGCUACCAGAUAAUUGGUGUUGAAGCAUGGAUUACUUCUGUCAACCUAGUAACACCAGGAACUUACAACAUACUGGCAGGAUCCAUUGGUUUUGCUAUAGAGAAAUUGAAGAUUGGUGGUUUUGCUAACUAUGUCAUAAAUGAAUUUUGGCAUUCAGCAAUUCCUUGCAUGAAUGAAAAGGGAAACUUUUUUCAAAGUGAAAACAACUGCAGCAAAUAUAAGGAUAUUAUUCAAUUUAAAAAUUACAAUGAAGAUAUAGCAGAAAUGAGAUAUGCUAAUAACAUGUACAAUGCAGUUUAUGCUGUAGCACAUUCUCUACACAGCCUUUUAAAUUGCACACAAAACCAAAGUUGUGAGAGAGGCAAAAGAAUUCAACCAUGGCAGGUUGUUGAGUCUCUGAAAAAGGUAAAUUUUACCACCAAAUUUGGUGACCAUAUUUUGUUCGACAGCACUGGAGCAACAGCUGCAAAGUAUGAUGUAGUAAACUGGCAGCAUGGAAUCAAUGGGCAAGUGGAGUUUAAGGUUGUGGGCUAUUAUGAUGCCUCUUUGCCAAGUGGACAGCAAUUUGUCCUAAAUGGUGAAAAUAUAGUCUGGGCUGGAGAUAAGAGAGAGCCAAGGUCUGUGUGCAGUGAGAGCUGUCCUCCAGGCUCCAGAAAAGCUGCACAGAAAGGAAGGCCUGUCUGCUGUUAUGACUGUAUACCAUGUGCAGAAGGAGAGAUCAGUAACCAGACAGAUUCAAAUAACUGUGAGCAGUGCCCAGGAGAAUUUUGGUCUAAUCCUGAUCGAGAUAAAUGUGUGUUAAAAGUUAUAGAGUUUCUUUCAUAUACAGAGGUUAUGGGGAUAGUGCUGGUAGCUUUUUCUUUAGUUGGAGUUGUAUUAACUGUGUUAAUAGCAAUUUUAUUUCUAAUAGAAAAAGACACUCCCAUUGUUAGGGCCAACAACUCUGAACUAAGUUUCCUGUUGCUUUUCUCCCUGACUCUGUGUUUCCUCUGCUCACUGACUUUCAUUGGACGGCCCUCUCAGUGGUCCUGUAUGCUGCGUCACACAGUGUUUGGGAUCACUUUUGUUCUCUGUAUCUCUUGUGUUUUGGGGAAAACAGUAGUUGUGCUAAUGGCCUUCAGGGCUACACUUCCAGGCAGUAAUGUCAUGAAAUGGUUUGGGCCUCCACAGCAAAGACUCAGCGUUCUUGUCUUCACUCUCAUACAGGUCCUCAUUUGUGUGCUAUGGUUAACAGUUUCACCUCCUUUCCCCUACAAAAAUAUGAAGUACUACAAGGAAAAGAUUAUACUAGAAUGUAACUUGGGCUCAGCUAUAGGUUUUUGGGCUGUACUGGGUUAUAUAGGUGUUCUGGCUUUCUUGUGUUUUGUUUUGGCCUUUUUAGCUAGGAAGCUGCCAGAUAAUUUUAAUGAAGCUAAAUUUAUCACAUUUAGCAUACUUAUAUUCUGUGCCGUGUGGAUCACCUUUAUUCCGGCCUAUGUCAGCUCUCCUGGAAAAUUUACUGUAGCUGUCGAGAUAUUUGCUAUUUUGUCUUCCAGUUUUGCGUUACUAUUCUGUAUAUUUAUACCUAAAUGCUAUAUUAUUUUGUUUAAACCUGAACUAAACACAAAGAAAAAUAUGAUGGGUAAAAUAGCAUCAAAGUCAUUUUGA